AAAUGUGUGUUUUACUGGUUCUGUUGUUGAUUGUGAACAUUAGCAAAGCUGCACCGAAUCACCACGUUAGUAUAAAUUUCGAACAAGUAUUUCGUGACGGUAGACCACUAUCGCGGUUUUGGACCAGCACCGGUUUGUGUCCGCCAGCACCACGGGAAAAAGCAGCCGAAUUCUUAUUAGCUGAAGAUAGUUUACUUAAUUUCGAAAUAAUCGGAUCCCUGCCAAAUUUGGGGCUUAAUUAUAUUCGAAUUCAUUGGUUGUUGGAGAUGAUUGAGUUCUCGUAUUGUGAUAUCAACAAGAACUUGUUCUAUGAUUUUUCUCAGUUGGAUUUAUUACUUGAUAAACUCUAUGAAUUUGAUUUACAUCCGGGGUUUGAGCUUAUGGGUGUUCCUGGUAAUAUCUCUGGAAAGGAAAUAAAACGGCGAUUCUCGUAUUUUUGGGCUGAUUUAACGAUGCAGAUUGCCCAACGAUAUUUGAAUCGAUUUGGAGUGGCAUACGUAAGCAAAUGGAGAUUCGAAACUUGGAACGAGCCAGAUUUGAAGAACUACAACAUGUUGAACUUUACAACCAAUGAAUACAUCGACUACAUUCAAUCGGUUCGAUUGGGUUUGGACGCUGCUGGUCGUUUACUGAACAACAUUCAUCUUCCUCUGAGAGGACCUGCGGGUUUGUUUCGAGUAGAACCGAAUCAUCCAUUUUGCUGGAGCGCGUUGAAACUGUGCAAUGAUUUUCCUCAUCGCUGUCCGUUUGAUGUGAUUUCCUUUCAUCGAAAGGGCAGUGGCCAGAGAGCGGAGGAUAUAAUAAACGGUGAAACUAUAUUACUGGAUCAGAUAUCAAAUAAAUUUUCGAAUUUAGUCAAAUUCAAGUAUUCAAAUGACGAGGCAGACCCAAUCGCUGGUUGGUCAACACCCAGGGAAUUUCAAUCGAACUUGAAGUACGGUGUGAUACUGGUAUCGACGGUGCUUCAACACUGGGCUGCAAAGUAUAACGGUUUAUAUUCGAAUUUGGAAUCAAUCUCCCACGAUAAUGGAUUUCUUAGUUAUCAUCCGUUUGAGUUCGACCAGCGCACAUUGCUGGCGCGAUUUCAGAUGAACCAAACGAAGCCCAAACAUGUUCAGUUUGUUGCGAAGCCUGUGUACUCGUCUCUCGGAAUGUUGGCCAACCUUGGACCGGUUGCUACAGAUGCUUUGGUUUUGGAGGGUAACCUUAGUUAUACUGUUUCGUUCAAAAGAAAUCCAUUUUAUUCCUGUAUACUGUUAUCAAUAUCAAAUGACACUUCUGAUCUAUCUAUCAAACGGAAUAAUAUUACCCUGACAUCUAUCUUUGCGGAGGAAACCAUGAAGUAUAACACUAGUUAUAUAAUUGAAGGACAACAGGACAGUUUGAAUGAUCCGAAAUCGGCUUGGAUUCAUUACGGAAAGCCAUCCUAUCCUACAACAGCUCAAUUCAAGAGCAUGAGGCUACUGCAGUUUCCCAGUAUUUUGCGAGGGCCGGAAAUAAUUCCAGCAAAUUCAAAAUCUAUUACACUGAAACUGAAUCUCCGAGCUCCGUGGAUUGUUACGGUUCGCUUGUGCAGUGAAAUGGUUCCAGAACCACACCAAGUAACGAAUAUUCGCAUACGAAAAAUUUACAGAAAUGAAGUGAUGAUAUUUUGGAGUGAGAAACCUUCGAAAACCAGGUGCAUUGUUGGCUACGAAGUGUGGUUUUACACAGACCUGACCAGAUGGGUACAGAUAAAUUUGGGGCUUCAUACACCGUUUCUUUGGUUUCAAUUUGUGUCCAAUCGAACUCUCGGAUUGACAGGAAUUUACCGAGUACGUGCCGUCGAUGUUUUCGGACGCUUUGGACCAUUUUCGGAGUUAAAACACUACCAUGGUUGAUGUUUCAUACGUCGAGGUAUCCGUUAACCAUAGCAGACUAAAUGAGAUCUGUGUUUACAUAAAACAUUUGUUUGUCAAUAACAUUAUGAUCUUAGAAAUUCAUUGAUAGAUACUAAUAUACACAAAAAUGCUCAUGUACAAUUUCAACAAUGAUUUUGAUAAUAUUAUGUAAACGAAACUGCUAUAUCUUCCAACUAUCAAAAAUACAACAAGAACAUCGUGGUAUAAAGUCCUGUC